AUGGAGCCCAGAGCGCUGUGGUGGCUGCUGCUUGGCCUGGUCUUGGUGUCCACCGGCUCGGCCGGGGAGUACGUGGGCUUGUCUGCAAGCCAGUGCCAAGUCCCAGCCAAGGAACGGGUGGACUGCGGGUACCCCCAGGUUACCAAGGAGCAGUGCAAUAACAGGGGCUGCUGCUUCGACUCCAGCAUCCGGAACGUUCCCUGGUGCUUCAAGCCGCUGCAGGAGACAGCUCCACAGGGUGUCACAGUCCAUGUCAACAUGGCCCAGAACCGAGAGCUGACCACAGGGGGCUGGGCAGCAGCAGGACCUCAGAGACAGCAGCACGUUGUCUGA